UAGUAGGUGUUCAGCCGAAAAGCGCUUAGAAAUAGUUAUAUGUGUUAGUAUGACUGACCUUAAGGUAAUCACAAAGUUAAACUGUAAGAUAUUUUGAGUUAAUUUCAGUCAUUACAUGUGUAAUGUCAUGACUCGAUGAUUCUUCUACAGUAGGUGUAGACUACUAAUAGUAAGACUAAGACUCAAAACCUCAUUCUCCUUGAUACUUAAGCAGGAUUGUUAUACGAAAGAAUCGACUGUUGGAAAAGACGAUCCAGUUCAGGAGUUUUAGGAAAUGAAAAAAUAAACCAACAAGACAAGAUGAACUCACGAACAGGGUCUUCUAUCCAUGGUCUUUAUGAACUUCUUGUUGAGACAGAACUUGUUCAUUAUUACAGUGCCAUUAAAAAUGAACUAAAAGUGACAUCUGUCAAUAAGCUUAGAUAUGUUCAAGAUGAAGAACUUGCAAACAUUGGGUUCUCAAAACUGGAGCAACGACGGCUACACAGAUACUUUCAGAAACAUUUGCCACCUACAUAUAUCAAUAAAAUUAAAAGUAAAAUCCUGUCAAAAUCUAAAGAAGAAUGUGAUCGAACCUCUACAAAUUUGUCAGGAUUAAAUAUCAACAAAAUUUCAAGUCCUAUCUCCCUGUCUACUGACAGGGUAAUUGCUAUUGACAACAUUGAAAUAAUAAAAGAUAUUGGAGUUGGCAUGUUUGGUGUUGUAAAGCAAGGGAUCUGGUACAAUGAACAUGAUGUUAAAAUACAAGUUGCCGUGAAGUGUAUAAACAAGAAAAUGAUUCGAAAUAGCUCUGCAGAAUUCUUGAAGGAAAUGAACAUUCAGUACACUUUAAAUAAUGAACAUAUUGUUCAUCUUUAUGGUGUUGUUCUUGAUUCUCAGCACUUAAUGAUGGUGACAGAGCUAGCUCCACAAAUGGGACUUCUGGAAUGUUUAAGAGAACCAGUAUUUCAGCAGAGACUGCCUGUUAAUACAUUAUGUGACUUUAGUCUACAAAUCUGUGAUGCUAUGAAAUAUUUAGAGAGUAGGAAUCUGAUACAUCAGAAUUUAGGUGCUCAUAAUGUAUUGAUAUUUGGAAAAAAUAAGGUAAAACAUUAGUGGAUGUAUUUGAU